CUGAAGCAACUCAAGCAAGUGGAACAAGAACUGGUUCAAGAGUGUAUUGAUCAACCUCACAGAAAGGGAAAAGAUCCGGUUCAGGAAGAACCUUGGACAAAGGUUACUUCCAAGAAGGGUGAGGCUGGUCUAUGCACAACCACUGAAUGGAGGAGGAAGGAAGGUGUCUUUCCAAGUUCAUUUUCCGUGAAGAUUUUUUUUGGGAUGUUUGGGAGAUGAAAGCAGAAAGUGGGGAAGGGAGAAAGGUGCGUAGCAUUUCCUUGGAUGCCGAAAAGAGCUCAUUUAAACAAGAAAUGGAGACAAUGGAGUUACCCACCAUAUGUUGUAAUUACUCGAUUGUAAAGCAUAAGAACAGCCUGAUUUAUACUCGGAAUCGGAGAAAGGAGUCCAGCCAUGAGUAAAAUUCCACCAUCAAUCCUCCACCAGCCACCGCCGCCUCGCUCGCGGAUGGCCGCCAUCAACGAAGAUGAAGGAAACACAGAGAUGGCUGAGGGCAAUUGUACUCGAACUUUUUAUCUGAGGAGGUGUAAAAGGAAGAGGUUAACGGGCAUGGAGUCUCUACCUGAUGAAUUGCUGUUUGAAGUUCUGGUGCGUCUCCCAGCUCAAGAUAUUUAUGACCCGGCAAGGCUUGUUUGCCGGAAGUGGUACCAUAUGAUCCAUACCCAUAAUUUCAUCUAUGCACACCUUCAGCAUACAACAUAUGGGCUUCUCUUCCAAUGUACGCGCAAAGAUUCAUUUUUUAUGGCUGUGCGAGAAGGCCGAAUUGAGAUAUCAAAGUUCAAGUACAAGUUUAGAUACGAAGUUAAGACUAGUUGCAACGGAUUGUUGUUGGAAUUUGAAGAGUGGAACCAUAAUAAUGCUUAUAUUUCGAAUCCUGCUACAAGUCAAAUCUUUGUUCUCCCUCCAAAGGUCGGUGGGCUAGUAAGGUAUGGAAUAGGAAUAGCAUAUGCUGCAGCUACCAUGGAGUAUAAAGUGGUCAUGCCAUAUCCUGUUCGGCCAAACUCAAAAGGGUUAUGCUAUAUAUUAACUGUUGGAGCUGAUAACUCUUGGAGGACUGUCCGUACGGAACACUUAUCUUACGAAGCUAUGUGAGCAUUUAUUGCUCCUCCAUUACUUACUGAAGGUUUUGUGCAUUGGUGCUCUGCCCGUGACGAUGGAGUGUUGACUUUGAAUGCUGAGACUGAAAUCAUCACGGAGACUCCUGCCCCUGUCCCAAGACCAGUUCUUGGAGGAGGUAGAAGUAGGAAUAUCUUUUUGUCCGCAGGAAGGUAUCUUUCCAUGUUCGUUUUCCGUGAAGAAUUUUUUUGGGAUGUUUGGGAGAUGAAACCAGAAACUGGGGAAUGGAGAAAGGUGCGUAGCAUUUCCUUGGAUGCCGAAAAGAGCACAAUUAAACGGGUAAUCGAUUUUAGACCUUAUGAAUUUGUGAUUCCAGUUGGUUGGUUGAAGUACCUAGAGGUAUUGGUCUUGGGUGUUUCUAGUGGAAGGCGUUUCAUUUUUAUAUACAAUCUUCUUGCACAGGAAAUGGAGACAAUGGAGUUACCCACCCUACGUUGUAAUUACUCGAUUGUAAAGCAUAAGAACAGCCUGGUAUGGUUGGGUGGAUCAUAGCUAUGUGCUCUUACUUUCUGCCAUGCCAUUCUACUCCCAUGUUAAUUAUCAUUUGUGUUGUUUUUUGUAAUUUGGUAAACUAUGUAUAUACUCUGUAUCAUUUGUGUUGUUUUUUGUAAUAUGGUAAAAUAUGUA